AUGUGGUGGCUGCUCCUUCCUGUCACCACCAUAGCUGGUGUCCUACUCUUCUGGUCACCCCCUGUUUGGGGCACCCGUGUUGUCUUCACAGUCCCGGACAUGGCUCUUACCCAUCUGGCUGUGCACCAUGAGACUGGGGAGGUCUACUUGGGUGCCGUCAACCGCAUCUACAAGCUCUCAGCCAACCUGACCCAGCUAAGGGCGCACACCACGGGGCCAGUGCCAGAUGACCCCAGAUGCUACCCUCCCCCAGGCGUCCGGCUCUGUGCCCAUCGGCUGUCCCCGGCUGACAAUGUCAACAAGCUGCUUCUGAUUGACUAUGCUGGCAACCGUCUCGUGGCCUGUGGCAGCGUUUGGCAGGGCGUGUGCCAGCUCUUGAGGUUGGAGGACUUGGCCAAACUAGGGGAGCCUCACCAGCGCAAAGAGCACUACCUUUCGGGGGGCCGUGAACCAGACGCCAUGGUCGGUGUGAUUGUGGAGCAGCUGAGAGAGCCCAGCCAGUUCUUUGUGGGAACUUCAAUCGGAGGACGUUCGGAGUACUUCCCCACGCUCUCCAGCCGCCGGCUUACCUCUGAUGCCACCAGCGCAGAGAUGUUCAGUCUGGUGUAUCAGGACGAGUUUGUCUCUUCUCAAAUCAAGGUCCCUUCUGACACUCUCUCGCUCUACCCUGCCUUCGAUAUCUACUACGUGUCUGCCUUUGUGUCUGGUGGUUUUGUGUACUUCCUCACUUUGCAGCUCGACACUGCUCAGACGCCCCUCGAGCCUGCUGGGGGUCCCAUUGGCCCUGGCACGACGGGCGGGGAGCGUUUCUUUUCAUCCAAGAUUGUGCGCCUAUGUGCCAAUGACACCGAGUUCUACUCUUACGUGGAAUUUCCCCUGGGCUGCUCCAAGGAUGGGGUGGAAUACCGUCUGGUUCAAGCGGCUCAGUUGGCCAAAGCGGGCCGACAAUUGGCCAAGUCGCUGGGCAUCGCAGAAGGGCAAGAUGUGCUUUACGCCGCCUUCUCGCAAGGCCAGAAGAACAGGGCAGCACCACCCCGGGAGAGCCUGCUGUGCCUCUUCACGCUGGAUGAAGUCAAUCAACGCAUCCGCGAGCGUAUCCAGUCAUGCUACCGUGGGGAAGGGAGACUCUCUCUCCCGUGGCUUCUCAACAAAGAGUUGCCCUGCAUCAACACGCCCAUGCAGAUCAAUGGCAAUUUCUGUGGGUUGGUACUGAACCAGCCCCUAGGAGGGUUGCAGGUCAUCGAGGGACGCCCGUUGCUCCAAGAACAGACCGAGGGCAUGGCCAGUGUGGCUGCUUAUACCUAUCGUGGCCAUUCGGUUGUCUUCAUUGGAACCCGUGCUGGUAACCUGAAGAAGGUUCGUGUGGACAAUCCGGAUGAGGCCCAUCUUUAUGAGUCUGUGCCAGUGAUGCCUGGAGAGCCCGUGCUACGUGACAUGGUCCUGAAUCCUGACCAGCGCUACCUCUAUUUGCUCAGCCAAAGACAGGUGGUGCAGCUUCCUGUGGAGAAUUGUGGACAAUAUCUUUCCUGUGCAGAUUGCUUGGGCUCCCGAGACCCACACUGUGGCUGGUGUGUCCUACACAAUAGGUGCUGUAGAGAAAGCGAGUGCCCCCAUGCUGUAGAACCCCACCGUUUUACGGCAACUCGGACGCAAUGUGUGCAGUUGCUGGUUGAGCCCAGUAAUAUCUCAGUGACAGAACCGAGCAUUGUGCUUCAGCUUACAGUCCACAAUGUCCCAGACCUGAGUUCUGGGGUGACUUGCUCCUUUGAGGGCCUUGGUGAGAGCGAGGGACAGCUUCAGGUGAACGGAGGGAUCCACUGCCUUUCACCUACUUUGAGGGAUGAGCCCCCUGGGGAAUAUGGUGAUGUACGGACUGUUAGGAUCCAGCUUCUGUCCAAGGAAACUGGCAUGGAAUUUGCCAGUACAAACUUUGUCUUUUAUGACUGCAGCCUUCUACGCACGUGCUUGUCCUGUGUCAGCAGCCACUAUCCAUGCCACUGGUGUAAAUACAGGCAUACGUGCACCCACAAUGUGGCCAAGUGCUUCUUCCUAGAGGGCCGAGUCAACACUGCUGAGGGCUGCCCAGAGCUCCUUCCUGGUGGGGAGAUCUUGAUUCCUGUGGGAGUGUUACAACCCAUUACCCUGCGUGCCAAGAACCUUCCACAACCUCAGUCGGGCCAGAAGAAUUACGAAUGUGUCUUGGGAAUCCAAGGUCGCCAGCAGCGGGUGCCAGCUGUACGCUUCAACUCCAGCAGUGUGCAGUGCCAGAAUACCUCGCUACCAAACAUAGCUUGUUAUCUACAGUCAUCACAAGCACAAUAUCAUGUCCAGGAAUUCAAGAACAAAGUAGCUUGCAACAGUGGUAGCACCAGCCUCACAGUGAGUGGGACCCACCUCCUAACAAUUCAGGAACCACGGGUUCGGGCGGCUUAUGGUGGGAUAGAAACCAUCAAUAGUUGCCAAGUGCUAAAUGACUCCAUAAUGUUGUGCAAGGCCCCAGGCAUUAUACCUCGGGAGCAGGCACUGCCCCUUGGUGGUGCUCACCCUGAUGAGUUUGGCUUCCUCUUGGAUGAUGUGGCCGCCACCCGGACCCUGAACCGAUCUGCUUUUACCUACUAUCCAGACCCGACCUUUGAGACCUUUGGGCCCAGCGGCAUACUGGAAAUUAAACCCGGAUCCCACGUUGUCCUCAAGGGCCGGAAUCUGAUCCCUGCAGUAUCCGGCAGUACACGACUCAACUACACAGUGCUGAUUGGUGGAGAACCUUGCACCCUGACUGUCUCAGAAACCCAAUUGUUGUGUGAUUCGCCAAGCCAAACUGGAGAGCAGCCAGUCAUGAUCCUGGUGGGAGGCCUGUCAUUCUCUCCAGGCACCCUUCACAUCUAUCCUGAGGCAGCCUUGCCUUUGCCAGCCCUGGUGGGCUUAGGGGCAGGAGGGAGCCUCCUUCUGGGGGCAAUCAUUGGGGUGCUGGUAGCCUACAAACGGAAGACACGGGAUGCAGACCGUACUCUGAAGCGCCUGCAGCUGCAGAUGGACAACCUGGAGUCACGGGUGGCUCUGGAAUGCAAGGAAGCUUUUGCUGAGUUGCAGACCGAUAUUAACGAGCUGACAAACAACAUGGAUGGCGUGAAGAUCCCAUUCCUGGAUUAUCGGACAUAUGCAAGGCGUGUGCUCUUUCCGGGGGUGGAUGAUCACCCGGCACUUCAAGAAACCAGUACACCACCAAGCACAGAGAAAGGGCUCCGUCUCUUUGGGCAGUUGCUACACACUCGGCCUUUCCUGCUGACCUUCAUCCACACCCUGGAAGGCCAGCGAGGUUUCUCCAUGCGAGAUAGAGGCGCUGUUGCUUCUCUGACGAUGGUGGCCCUGCAGGGCAGGCUUGACUAUGCUACUGGGGUGCUGAAGCAGCUGCUGGCUGACCUCAUUGAGAAGAACCUGCAGAACCGUGCCCACCCCAAGCUGUUGCUCCGCCGGACGGAGUCAGUGGCUGAGAAAAUGUUGACCAAUUGGUUUACUUUUCUGCUGCAUAGAUUCCUGAAGGAAUGUGCUGGGGAGCCAUUAUUCAUGCUGUUCUGUGCCAUCAAGCAGCAGAUGGAGAAAGGCCCAAUAGAUGCCAUCACAGGCGAGGCACGCUACUCGUUGAGCGAGGACAAGCUCAUUCGCCAGCAGAUUGAUUACAAGACCUUGACAUUGCUAUGCACCCCUCCUGAGCCACCUGGCGGACCUGCAGUGCCUGUUAAAGUAUUAAACUGUGAUUCGGUGACCCAAGUGAAGGAGAAGCUUCUAGAUGCCGUAUAUCGAGGAGUACCCUAUUCGCAGCGGCCCCGAGCUGAAGACAUGGAGCUAGAGUGGUGUCAGGGUGCUGUGGGACGGACCAUCUUGCAGGAUGAAGACGCCACAAGUAAGAUUGAGGGAGACUGGAAGCGGCUCAACACCUUGGGGCAUUAUCAGGUAGCAGAUGGCUCCACGGUGGCCUUGGUUCCUAGGCAGGCAUCAGGCUACAAUAUUGCAAGCUCCUUCACUUUCACCCAUUCGCUGAGUCGCUACGAAAGUUUGUUGCGUACCUCCAGCAGCCCAGAGAGCUUGCGCUCACGAGCUCCCAUCCUCACUCCAGAUCAAGAUUCAGGCACCCGCCUCUGGCACCUGGUCAAGAACCAUGAGCAUCUCGGAGACCCCAAGGAAGGGGAGCGAGGGAGCAAGAUGGUUUCUGAGAUCUACCUCACCCGGCUCCUUGCCACCAAGGGUACGUUGCAGAAGUUUGUUGAUGAUCUGUUUGAGACAGUGUUCAGCACAGCACACCGGGCCAGUGCCCUUCCGUUGCCCAUCAAAUACAUGUUUGACUUCCUGGAUGAACAAGCAGAGCGGAGACAGAUUGGUGAUCCCGAUGUUCGACAUACCUGGAAAAGCAACUGUUUGCCCUUGAGGUUUUGGGUGAAUGUCAUCAAGAACCCACAGUUUGUUUUUGAUAUUCACAAGAGCAGCAUCACGGACGCUUGCCUCUCCGUUGUCGCCCAGACCUUCAUGGACUCGUGCUCUACCUCUGAGCACCGCCUGGGCAAGGAUUCCCCUUCGACAAAGCUAUUAUAUGCCAAGGAUAUCCCUGUUUAUAAAGGCUGGGUGGAAAGGUAUUACCGGGACAUCACCAAGAUGGCUUCCAUUAGUGACCAAGAUAUGGAUGCCUACCUAGUAGAACAAUCCCGUCAGCACGCAGGGGAAUUUAACACGUUGGGUGCACUGGGAGAGCUCUACAGCUAUGUGGGAAGGUACCGUGAUGAGAUCCUGACUGCGUUGGAACGGGAUGCUGCCUGCCGGAAACACAAACUGAGGCUGAAGCUGGAACAAGUCACCACUCUUGUUUCGGGAACAAGCUGAGGAUGCUGGAGGGGGCAGGAGGGCAAAAGGGAGCAGGGCAGCGGGCAUCCAGGAAAGGUGCCUCCAAAGGGACUCUACCUCCAACUUGGCUUGUGGGCUCCCCCCCCACCACACAAAGGGGAACAGACUUGAUCUUUUUAAACCUCCUGGAGGGGCAAGAGACCCGUGACCUUUUCCCCUGGGGUGGCAGAAAGUCGCUGUGGUGCCUCCCCUCCCCAGCCUUCAGUCUGGAAGCAAUAACAAGCACCUGCCCCUCCUCUGCCUGUGACUUGGGAGGGGCCACCUAGAAUAAGCAAUGAGGUUGGGGUGCAGCCUGAUCAUGCCCCCUCCCCCUCAAGCCGGCAGCUAAAUGGAAAAAAAACCCCUCACCCCAAAUGUUUGUGGACCCCUCCCUUCAAUCAUAUUGUUCAUCUCCCUAGUCCCCCACUCCUUGUUGGUAGCUGGUGGAAUCUGCCCUUGUUCUGUUUUUGGUAACCAUGGCAAUUGGAUAUUUUUAAUCUUACCUGACAGUGCUCCCCCCCCUCCUCUCCCAAACAUUCACUCCUACCCCACCUGUUGUGCCCUUACU